UCCCGCAUCUCUUCUACUGUAUAAUUGUUGUUGCCUCCACACUGAAAUUUCCCAAAAUUUGAGCUUCUUCAAAAUCCAUUCAUGGAGCACUAUAGCAUAGACCCGAAAAAUGGCUACUCUACUCAUACCAAAACUUUCCACAGCCUAAGGUCGUCACUUCCAUUGCCACCUUUAUCACAGCCCAUUUCCAUAAUUCAGUACACACUCUCUCUCCUCAACUCCACAACCACCGCCACCACCACUUUCCUCAUCGACUCCACCACAGGCCGCAGCCUCUCUUACUCCGAAUUCCUUCACAAAACCCAAUCCCUUGCCUCUUCCCUCAAGAUCCAGUUCCCGUCCCUUUCCAAAAACGACGUCGCCUUUAUCCUCUCUCCUCCAUCGCUUCAUGUUCCAGUCCUCUACUUUGCGCUUCUCUCCCUUGGCAUUGUUGUUUCCCCGGCUAACCCGCUCUCUUCUUCUACCGAGUUAACUCACAUGAUCCAACUCAGUAAACCCACCAUUGCUUUUACUACUUCAUCGAAUUCCCAUAAACUCAUCCCUUCAUUUCCCCUCCGCACCAUUUUAAUUGACUCCCCCAAAUUCCUCUCCAUGCUUGAACACCCCAUUGCUACGCCUAUGUCCAACUUCAACUCAAUUGUUCACCAAACUGAUUCGGCAGCUAUUCUUUACUCGUCUGGAACUACUGGCCGAGUCAAGGGAGUCGAGUUAACUCACCGGAAUUUGAUUGCCUUAACGGCCGGUUUAUACAAUAACAAAUUCAGCAGCGAUGAAAGCGAAAAUGCUGAGCAAGACGUGGCGAUUUUGACGUUGCCGUUGUUUCACGUUUUUGGAUUCUUCAUCCUGAUUAGGUUAGCGGCGAUGGGGGAAACGGCGGUGAUAAUGGAGAGAUUCGAUUUCGAGAAGAUGUUGGCGGCGGUGGAGAAGUAUAAGGUGACCUACAUGCCUGUGUCUCCGCCCUUGGUGGUGGCGAUGGCAAAGUCGGAGUUGGUACUGAAGUAUGAUCUGACGUCGCUGAAGCUGGUGGCGUGCGGCGGAGCGCCGCUAGGAAAGGAGGUGGCUGAGCGGUUCAAGGCGAGGUUCUCUAACGUGGAGAUUGUGCAGGUAUGUGUUUGACGAUCACGUGCUU